AUGUUGGGUUUUUCUUCUGAAUUCAUUCUUUUUCUGCGCGUGCGCAUGCGACUGUACUUGAGAAAUGGACAAUUUGGCCAUAACAAUCUGGCUGUGGAUCUAUCUAUCUAUCUAUCUAUCUAUCUAUCUGAAAAUACUCCCCUUUCCAAGCCAUUGUCCCCACGAAAACUAGUUCUUGUUUUCUUCAUCUAUCUCAGUCUUUCAUUAUCUACAUUGUUCUUUUCGUAUCUAUCACACUUUUUCAUUAUCUAUCUAUCUAUCUAUCUAUCUAUCUAUCUUGUUCUCUUCAGAUCUAUCACAGUUUUUUUCAUUAUCUAUCUAUCUAUCUAUCUAUCUAUCUAUCUAUCUAUCUAUCUAUCACAGUUUUUUCAUUAUCUAUCUAUCUAUCUAUCUAUCUAUCUAUCUAUCUAUCUAUCUAUCUGUCUGUCUGUCUAUCUGUUCAUAUCUAUCUAUCUAUCUAUCUAUCUAUCUAUCUAUCUAUCUGUCUGUCUAUCUGUUCAUAUCUAUCUAUCUAUCUAUCUAUCUAUCUAUCUAUCUAUCUAG